AUUAGCGCGCUGUCCGUGAUGGUGAAAGGCUGUUCUGAAAGUCACUCACUAAAUUCUCUACUAUUUGGAUUACAAUUGGGAUUAUGAUUUUUUUUUCCUCACAGGACAACAACUAACGACCAAACGACGUAGGAUUACAAUUAUUCCUGAAAAAUGGAAUUAUCCAAUGUCAAUUUGUGAGGAAUGAUGUGCAACACAGUGUGAGGAAUGAUGUGCAACACAGUGUGAGGAGAGGACCAGGCUACAUUCAGUGUCUUGUUGGAUGGCUGGAGGCCCCUGGCCAGCAGAACCUUAGGAGUCAGCAUGGCAAAGAUCUGCACAGACCAGUCCUACCCGGCAAUGACCCGGCAACGGCCAUCUCUCUGCACGCCAAAUGACAAUCUGGAUUCCAUUGAGAACGGAACCCCAAGGUCCAACUCAGAGUGUGAGGACACCUCGUCAGAGAUUCAGGGUUCUGCCUCCGUGUUAACCAUCAGACACCCAGAGUCUCACAGAGAUUCCUUCACAGGGUCAGGAGCCCUGGCCAGGAUGCACCGUGAGGUGGAGAGACCGGACUCCUUCCUGGAGCGCUUCAGGACCCCUGAGCUCAAAGAGGUCUCCAGCAGAGAGAGCAACGCACGGUCACAGGGAUACCCCGACAGAGUCCGUAAGAGGAACCAAGUCAGUCAAUGGCCGCUGGCUAUGUACAAUAUGAACAACUGCAACAACACAGAUGACAAAAAAGAUGACAAGAAGGACGAAAUAAAGAAAGAGGAAAAAAAACAGGAAGCGCAAGAAGAUGAGAAGAAAGAGGAGGAGCCUAAGAAGGAGGAGCCUAAGAAGGAGGAGCCUAAGAAGGAGGAGCCUAAGAAGGAGGAGAAGAAGAAGGAGGAGCCCCCGAAAGAGAUUUGGAUCAUGGACCCAUCAGCAGACAAAUACUACACAUGGCUCACCAUCAUAGCAGCACCAUGUUUCUACAACCUGAUGAUGCUAGUGACCAGGGCAUGUUUUAACGAACUCCAGAACACAUACACAAUACUGUGGAUUGUCCUGGACUACACCUCAGACUUAGUCUACUACGCAGACACAUUCGUCAGGUCUAGAACAGGUUAUUUGGAACAGGGGCUGCUUGUGAAAGACAAACAAAAGCUUCUAGACAAAUACAGACAAACGGAACAGUUCAAAUGGGACGUCAUUUCAAUGAUACCCACAGACCUGCUUUUUCUGAAAGUGGGCAUCAACAACCCCGAGCUCAGACUGAACCGGCUUGCAAAGAUGAACCGCCUCUUUGAGUACUUUGACCGCACAGAAACCAGAACCAGCUUCCCCAACGUUUUCCGAAUCAGCAACCUGGUACUUUACAUCCUGAUCAUCAUCCACUGGAACGCCUGCAUCUUCUUCGCCAUCUCCAAGACCAUCGGGUUCGGGUCCGACACAUGGGUGUACCCAAACAUCAGUCACCCUGAGCACGGCCGCCUUUCCAGGAAGUACAUCUACUGUCUCUAUUGGUCGACCCUGACACUUACCACCAUCGGAGAAACCCCGCCCCCCGUCAGGGACUUUGAGUACCUCUUCGUGGUCGCCGACUUCCUCAUCGGCGUGCUGAUUUUCGCCACCAUUGUCGGUAAUGUUGGCGCCAUGAUCUCCAACAUGAACAAAAACCGUGCAGACUUCCAGGCUAAGAUCGACUCCAUCAAGCAAUACAUGCAGUUCCGUAAGGUCUCCAAGGAUCUGGAGGCCAGGGUCAUCAAGUGGUUUGACUACCUCUGGACGGAGAAGAAGACCUGCGAUGAGAAGGAGGUGCUGAAGAACCUGCCGGACAAGCUGAAGGCCGAGAUUGCCAUCGACGUCCAUCUGGAUACCCUGAAGAAAGUGAAAAUCUUCCAGGAAUGCGAGGCUGGGCUGCUUAUUGAGUUGGUGAUGAAGCUGCAGCCUCAGGUGUUCUCCCCAGGAGAUUACAUCUGUAAGAAGGGAGACAUCGGCAGAGAGAUGUACAUCAUUAAGGAAGGGAAGCUAGCUGUGGUUGCGGAAGACGGGGUGACACAGUGGUGUGUGCUCAGCGAUGGAGCGUACUUUGGAGAUAUCAGUAUCCUAGGCAUCAAGGGUUCCAAAGCUGGUAACAGGAGAACGGCCAACAUCAGGAGCGUGGGUUACUCUGACCUCUUCGCUCUGUCGAAAGAUGAUCUCAUGGAGGCUCUUACCGAGUAUCCCGAAGCCAAGAAGAUCCUGGAAGAGAAGGGAAAGGCUACGCUGAUGAAGGACAACAUGAUCGAUGAGGAAAUCGCUAAUGCAGGUGCCGACCCCAAGGACAUGGAGGAGAAGAUCCUCAGGCUGGAAAGUAAUAUGGAAAUCAUGACGUCCAAGUUGGCCAAGAUCAUGGCUGAGUUCACAUCCGGCCAGGGCAAGAUUAAACAGAGGAUCACCGACAUGGAGUCAACAGUGAAGUCGGUCCGGCCCGAGGAUAUAUCUGAGGUGGUGGCCGACAAGUAGACCAAAUAGGCACACGACACAAUGUAUUUACCCAGAGACUUUAGGAACCUUUCACACUGAGCAAUGCAGAGUAAAAGGACGAAGCCAACUCAACGUGUUUCAAUAGGGAAGGUGCGUCGGAGUGGGAGAGGUGAAGGUGUACCAGGGUGCGUGAAGUUGUACAAAACGUGGCAUUCCUCCGUUAGCUCUGUGUGGGAUGUGUUGCCAGUGUGUGUGAGCCCUUACAGUUAACACAGAGAUGUUAUUUUUGGUUUUCAAAAAACAAUACAUAAAACGGUAGAUAGUUUGAUACUUUUUGACUGUUCGUAUUUAUACAUCAUAUGUACAUUACCAACCGCGUAUUAUGUACCUUCUUAUUGAGUAAAAAUGCACCUCUAAAUAUGUGUCAAAUGUCAAUAUGUUCAUAUCCAGUGUAUGCAGUGGAUACAGCUUUCCAUAUGCAGUGACCGAGAAGUUACAGACUUGUGCAUCUCCAAAAUCAGAAUCGUGGCAUGGAACUGGUUUCGAGACACUCGUUGGGGCAGUAAGAGAGUCGGGUCGAUUCAAUUCCAGUCCAUUCAGAGACCCACAUUUCUAUUCCAAUUUCAAUACUCUUCAAUGCUUUACAAUUAGUAACAUUUAGAAUUGUAAUCGUGAUUUGGUUUACUUUCUGAAUUGAAAUGGAAUCGACCCCACACCCUGGUAAAGAGACAAACUCUUUUUGUACAGGACAUUUUCAUAAUAUAGCCUUUAGUGGUUUUGGAAAUGUAUUCUUUAUUUUUCAAAUGUUAUGAGUCUAGUUGAAUGAAGUGCUUCACAGAGAGUAUUAUAAUUUAGUAUUAUUGAUCAUCUGUCAAUGUGUAUGAAUGUGGCAUGCAUGAAACAUAUUCUAAUGGAUUCUAUUUCUAUGGCGACUACAGUCCACAACGGUGUAUUUUACAACGGAGGUUAUCAUCUCAUUUGAUAACUUAAAAAGUUAUGAAAAACUUGACCAAAACAUUAGUGUACCUCAAAUAUGCACAAAUCACAAGACCAGACUGUCAUCAAAAACGUGUAUUUGAUCUGGCGUGAUCUACAAUAUAAAUAUGAAAUGUGCAAUGGUAUGUAUUAGCAAGUGUUCAAUUCCAACCAAAAGAUUAAUAAUAAAAACCAAAUG